CGCGCCCCCCCCCCCCCCCCCCCCCGUCGGCGCCGCUGCAGCCCCCGCCCGCAUAUAGGCUCGUCCGCCGCACUCCCCGCGCCGCCGCCGCCUCCUCCAGGCAUGGCACAGGGCUCUACCUCACUAUGGCAGCAGCAGCGCGGCACAGCACCCUGGACUUCCUCCUCGGCGCCACAGCUGAUUGCAAUGCCAUUCUUAAAGCUCUACAGCCCAUUUUUCAGGAGCAGGGAAUGACAGAAACAGUUCAUAACUGGGAAGACCAUGGUUAUUUAGCAACCUACAUAAAAAAAAAUGGCAGUUUUGCCAAUUUGAGAAUUCACCCUCAUGGAUUAGUGUUGGUGGAUCUGCAGAAUUACAAUGAUCAUACAAAAGGAAGAGAGGAAGUUGAUCAGCUUCUAAACAAAGUAGAAGAAAGAAUGAAAGAAUUGUUUCAUGGUAAUAUAAAAAGGGUGAAGCGAUUGCCAGCCAUUUUGAGAGGAGGUGUCAUUGAUAGAUACUGGCCCACAGCUGAUGGACGCCUGGUGGAGUAUGACAUAGAUGAAGUUGUUUAUGAUGAAGACUCACCUUUUCAGAAUAUUAAAAUUCUGCAUUCAAAACAGUUUGGGAAUAUUCUUAUUCUCAGUGGGGAUGUUAAUCUGGCAGAGAGUGACCUGGCAUAUACUCAAGCCAUAAUGGGCAGUGGAAAGGAAGACUACACUGGGAAAGAAGUGCUAAUCCUGGGAGGUGGUGAUGGAGGUAUACUAUAUGAGAUAGUCAAACUGAAGCCAAAGAUGGUUACUAUGGUAGAGAUUGACCAAAUGGUGAUCGACGGGUGUAAAAAAUACAUGCGUAAAACAUGCGGAGAUGUCUUAGACAAUCUGAAAGGAGAGUGCUAUCAGGUUCUGAUUGAAGACUGUAUUCCUGUACUGAAGAGGUAUGCCAAAGAAGGAAGGAUGUUUGAUUAUGUAAUUAAUGAUCUGACGGCUGUUCCAAUCUCCACAUCUCCAGAAGAAGAUUCCACAUGGGAAUUUCUGCGAUUGAUUCUUGACCUCUCAAUGAAAGUCCUGAAACAAGAUGGAAAAUACUUCACACAGGGAAACUGUAUCAAUCUGACCGAUGCCUUGACUCUGUAUGAAGAACAGCUUAGCAGGCUUUAUUGUCCUGUGGAGUUUUCAAAAGAAACUGUGUGCGUUCCCUCCUACAUGGAAUUAUGGGUAUUCUACACUAUUUGGAAGAAACAAACUGACAUCUGAACAUCAAGAUUAUUUGAGAUUAUCCUACAUGUACAUGCUGCAUGGAGCAUAUAGGCCUGCCACAUGCUGCAUAUUGGCAUCUUGAACCUUUAAAUUAUAUGCUGUAGAUGAUCCUGAAGCUUAGUCAUGCUAUUGAUUGUGAAUUCUUUAAAUGUUUUUUAUUAUUAUUUUAAUUUAAAAGCAAAUGGAAAAUGUAUAUUUUGAUGAGCUAGGGUGUUAUUUUUGAAAGUCAACUUAAAAUGAAUAAGCAGCAAAACUGUAUAGCUGCUGAAUGCACUGAACCUUUAGAAUGUGAUCCUUUUUAUUUUUUUGUAGAUCUUCACAAACUGAUUGAUUAAAAAAGACAUCUUUAGCAUUUCAUCCCUGAAGGGUGGUCCAUGGAGUUUGUUUGGGUUCUUUUUUUUUUUGGUUUUCCACCAGUUUUUAUCUAUGGUGCUUUUUAAGGAUGGAGGGUUCUUGUUUGAUUUUUUUUUUUAGAUGAACACCGCAGUGCUUCCAUAUAGAAAAAGGCAUAAGUUAAGAAGAAAAAAAAAAAAUUCUGAAAGGAUACCCCAAAUCCUUCAUUGCAAAGGGAAGAAAACUUACUGUAGUUUCAUUCAUCAUUGCUGUAAUCUCUGCAGGAGAAGAAUCUUUGACCUUUCACCUAAUGGGAUUCUUUAGCUGCUGCCCCAUUGAUUAUUUGGAUUUUGAUGCAGAUUUAGCAGUAGGUUAUAGAGGCACUUUGAACUCUAUCAGCAUGAAAAUUCAAGCUGGUUUUCCAUCCCACCACAGUGUAAGAAACUGAGUGUAAUGAGGUUCUUGUGGGCAUACACUCCUCAACCUUAUGGGAAGCACUAGGUUCUUAAAGAAGGAAAGGUCACUUUAGAGGGCAAAGAAAUGUGGCUGUAUCUAGAUUCAUGUGCACCAGUAUGGAAUGUUUUGAGGCAAGUAUGUAUAUUUCAGUAGGGUAAGUCCUGGUUGCAUUGCCAUGGAUAGACCAUGUUGUGUGGGGCUCUUGCUGAACUAGAUUCACUUGAAGUGUAAAAAUCAGUGGAAGCUAGGUUGCAUUGUAGUUUUGUUCUGAAAGAUAAAGCAUUUUUCUUUAACUGUUUCUCAUGUUGUCUGAAAAGUUAUAUUUUUGUAAGAAUGUGCUAUGUAUUGACUAAAACUUUGCUUUCAGUGUUUAAAAGAUCCCACUUGAAAGGAGGUAGGAAGGAUUAUAACCAUUCUGUGCAUUUCUGUACAUUUCCAAGGUAGAAUAAAAAGUGCACUAUUUCCCUAAACGCUCUAAUCCUGAACCAUAAUGAUGUUUUUUUCCUUCAAUACCUAGUAUCAACACUUUCUUAGUUUUAUUGGAGGGAGUUGAUCCCCCCUGCCAAGAUACUGUUAAUGAAAACAAAACAAAAAAAAAGCACUCCUAAGAUCUGUAUUCUUAAAUCGUACAUAAAGAAGAAUUUUGCUGUGUCCCACAUAUAUAAACUGUUCAUGAAAUCUGAGUAGCCUGUGUAGAAUUCCAGAGUGAUACUGGAGAACUUGCAAAAAAUUUCCUGUUUUGGUGUGUAAUUAUUUUUGUAUCGUACAGUUGUGCUGUUAAAAUGCUUUCAGUUUGGAGAGCCAAUAGAAGUAUUCUUCAGUCUUACUUUAAAUUAUUGCAGUUAAUGUUAAUUCCUUAAUAUACACGGGGCACAGUUCUUCCAUGGCCUGCAGCUUGUGCAUCCCUAAAUACUCCCAAAGAGCAGAGCCUCCCUCUAAACAGGAGGAGAAAAAAGUGUCUUGCAUUUCCCUGAGUGUUUUAGCUCUGUUGUAUACAACCCAGAAAAGACCUUUAUUAUUGCCUAUAACCUGGUAGUGACCCUUCAUUUAUGAUACAGGACUGCAAUCAGUAUAUUGUAUAGCUGCAAAUGAAUGCAGAUGUCCUAUAAACAGUUAUGUGUAUUCUUAACUUUGCAAGCAUGAAUAUUCCCAUUGAUUCUUAGUGUGAUUACUCACGUAGGUGAAAUUAAGCACACAGGCAUUCACUGGGACGGGGCUUACAGCAUAUAUGUUCCUGAAUGAGCUUGAUAGAUGUAGAAAUCAGUCACAACAAGUGGGGGUGGUUGUUUUUUUUUAGCAAAGAAACUUUUGAACUGGAAGAUGACUUAAUAUGCUUGCUGGCUUGCUGUACCAUGGCUAGCACUUUUCUUUAGCAUCGCUGCACAAGGCUGCCUGAGUACAGAGAUGUUGGGUGUGCAGGGAUUCUCUGUAAUCAGUUCCUGGAAUAACCAGGGGACCUGAAUUACAUACCGAUAGGUGAGAGGCAGCGGUGCUUGCAAAUCUUUCCUUUUUCAACUGAUAAAGUAUAAAGAGAGUUGGAGGAAUUAUUUUUUCUUUAAACUUUUUUUUAAUGUAGUUUUUUUAAAGUGAUAGAUGCAGUAUAAAACAAUUCAGCAAACACUGAACAUUAUAUUUUUUUAAGUUGCUGAAUUGAUUCUGAGCAAAUAUAUACACACUGUCAGUCUUUAUUUAUUUGUUGCUGUAGUGUAGAUUUUUUUUAAAAGGAAAACAAGUUUGUUUCUGUUAGAAUUUUCAAAUGCAACAGCUAUAGCUGAUCAGUUUUCUGUGUUUAAAGCCAGUUGGGAAAUAACCUAUGAUUGCUGCACCAAGUAUGCAAACAGUUCCCAAGAUAUGGUUAACAUUAGUGUUUUCUUAAUUAUUCUUUGCACUAAAUGCUGCUUCCACCUAGAAAUGUGAUCUAAGUAUCUAAAAACUUGAUUGAUAGUAGUUUGUGCAAAGACAAGACUGCUGGCGUUGUAUCUACUGCAUCAGUGCAGUGCACGUGUUAAAAUAAAGGUACACUAUUAUUA